AUGGUAUUGGUGUUGUGCAAGGAGUUAGUUGAACAAGCCGGGACUGUUUUUGAAGUUGGAAAUACUAUAUGGGGUUUAAUUGAAAACCAUUGGAAAUUCCCUAAAGGCAUUGAUCAGAAUGUAAAUAAUCUGAAAAGAAAAAGAGAUCAACUAAAUGGUCAGAAAGAAGACAUUGAAUCACGAAUCAAAUCAGAGCUGCGUCCGAGAAAGAAAGUCAAGAAAGAAUUUGAUCUGUGGAUUGAAAAUGUCAAAAGGAUAAAUCGGGAAAUUCCUAAUUUCGAAUCCAAAGUUAGAGGUAACAGUUUUUUCUCUCGUGGAUUUCUUGUUAAGAAUGUUCGUAAGAAGAAGUUGAAGAGCUGCUUGAAAAGGGUAGAUUUUCUGAUGAUUUGGUUGUCAACGAUCUAUCGUGGAUUGAUUGGAGUUUAUGAAAUGCCAGGAGUUGGGAAAAUAAGUGUUGUCACGCUGGUCAACAAUGAACUCUUAAAAGGUGAAAUCAAAUUCAAGAUCGUAGUAUGGGUCACUGUAGCGAGGAAAUCUAGUGUUAUUGAACUGCAGAAUAAGAUUGCAAAGGCAAUGAAUGUCAAUACUUCUGAAGAUGAUGAAGACGAGACUUUAAGAGCACGGAUUUGUCUGAAAUUUUGA